AUGCCUCCAUAUGCUUCUUCCAUGUUUGAACCCCUUCUCACAUCAAGGGGAAGAAAAAUGGGUUCAAAGAAGACAAUCACCAUUAUUAGUGUCUCAUUUGUACUCCUAGUGGCAAUGGUGGUCUUCUUGGCCAUUACUUUCACCCACAACGAUGGCCAAGUUGCCUCUCCUACAAGCAGUAACGGUAAUAUUUCAUCAUCAUUGAAAGCAGUUCAAGUGAUCUGUCAACCAACUGACUAUAAGGAAACUUGUGAGAAUAGUCUCUCUGCUGCCACGAACACCAGCGACCCCAAAGAACUUGUCCAGGUUGCCUUCAAUGUCGCGAUAAAGGAGAUUGGUGACGUGAUGAAGAGUUCUCUUCUUCUUCAACAAGCUGCCAAGGACCCAAAGACGAUUCAAGCUUACAAAACCUGUAAUAAGCUCUUAGAUGAUUCUGUUUAUGAUCUUGGGCGAUCUUUGGAUAAAUUCAACUCUUUUGAUGUUAGUGAAUUUGAGAAUGUCAUUGCUGAUCUAAAGACAUGGCUUAGUGCCGCCAUAACUUUUCAAGGUACUUGCUUAGAUGGCUUUGAGAAGACAACGGGAGAUGCUGGUGAGAAGAUGAAGCAAUUAUUGAAAAUGUCCCAAGAGCUCACCCGAAAUGGCCUUGUCAUUGUUAGUGAGCUAGAUCAGGUCCUCUUGACUUUAAAUAUACCGGGCUUCAGCCGGCGACUACUUUCCGAUAAACCGGAGAUUUCCUCGGGAGAGCACCCUUCAUGGGUCGAGAACGGAAAGCACCGCCUCCUUCAAGCUACUGCGGCCAGCAUCAAUGCUGAUGUGGUGGUGGCUCAAGAUGGAUCAGGAAAGUAUAAAACAAUUUCUGAAGCCCUAAAUGAUGUCCCAAAGAAAAACAACAUCACCUUUGUCAUCUACAUCAAGGCCGGUGUUUAUGAGGAACAUGUAGUUGUUGGUCGGGAUUUAUGGAAUGUUAUGUUCGUCGGAGAUGGGCAAACAAAAACCACGAUCACCGGAAGCAGGAGCUACGGUGGUAACGUUGACACAUAUAAUAGUGCAACAGUUGCUGUGGAGGGAGAUCAAUUCAUGGCCAAGGACAUAGGGUUUGAGAACACAGCAGGAGCCAUCAACCAACAAGCCGUGGCAAUCCGAGUAUCAGCAGACAGGUCCAUCUUCUUCAACUGCCAAAUGGAUGGUUACCAGGACACUGUUUAUGCUCAUGCCUACCGUCAAUUCUACCGUGACUGCACCAUCUCCGGCACCAUUGACUUCAUCUUCGGCGAUCCCCGAGCUGUCUUCCAAAAUUGCAAGUUGAUUAUCAGGAAGCCACUGGACAAUCAGGCCUGCAUGGUCACAGCUCAAGGAAGGGAAUACGAGCCAGCACCGACUGGAAUUGUACUUCAGAACUGCCAUAUCACGGCGGACCCUGAGUACUUCACUGCUAAAAUGCCGAUCAAGUCGUACCUCGGACGGCCAUGGAAGAUGUACUCUAGGACCAUCAUCAUGCAUUCUAAGAUUGAUGCGAUAAUCGAUCCCGAGGGGUGGUCGCCGUGGCAAGAUACUUGGGCCCUUGACACUUGCUGGUAUGCCGAGUUUGGAAACAUUGGUGCCGGUGCAGGCCGGACUGAUAGGGUAAGAUGGCCAGGUAUCAAGAAGAUUACGCCAGAUGAAGCUGCCAGUUUUACUCCUUCAAAGUUCAUUGAGGGCGAGACAUGGGUCCCUCUCACUGGAGUGGCUUAUGUUCCUGGGAUGAUGGAGACUUGA